UACUUACUUCGAGCGGGCGAAGUCGGCGCGGCCAUCCAGCAAACUAGUUUAAAGCACCAUAAAAAGCCCCCAAAAGCCAACAACGUCGACGGUGAGCAGACGCGACUGGCGCCGGGCACCCAACAAUAAAGUUUUGCGCUCUCUCCGCAGUUUUAGCCAAAUGCCAAAAUGCCGUAAAUUUGGAGUGGCCACGAAACGAUAGAAUCGAUAGAUCCUAAAAAAAAGGGCAACAACAGGCACAAGGAAGCUAUAAAAAGGAUUCUCAAAAUGAAUCGAUUUACAUGGAGCUGGUUGCUUGUGGCCCUGAUCUCACUGGCCAGGAGCUCUCCUGUUCCGAGUCGUCAGUACAGCUGCAUGAGCUACAUGGAGAACGAUAACUCACUGCACGACGAUGAUUCCGAGCAGGAGAACAGCGGGGAGCUGCUGGAGCAGCAAAUCGAGCCCAGUGCCAUUCCAAAUGAGCCGCACAGACGCAGCUGCUCCGAGGGAUACACCUUUUGCUUUACCCUGUGGAAUCAGACCUUGAAUGGAACAACGAGAAUAGUCAAGCAGGGCUGCUGGAAGGACAACACCGAUCGAAACUCCAUCUGCAGCCAGUCGGAGUGUACCAGUUCGGCACCCACUUCGAGGACCAACUCCCUGUACUAUUGCUGCUGUUCGGGAGAUGUGUGCAAUGCCGAGUUUGCAGUGGUGGAGCCCGCACCCCUGGAGCUGGGCUCCAACGAUGUCCGCUCACCGCUCACCAAUCUGGCGACGAGCAAGCAGCAGCAGUCCUUUCUGGCCAGCACAAUGCUGGGCGUUGCCGGAGGUCUCACCGCCAUCCUGAUAGGCAUCAUCCUGGCCGUGCAGUAUUGUCGCGGUCCCAAGGAGAAGCCGGAACCGGAGGAGUCACCGUUGGCACCGUCGGGACCAGGAUACAGUUCCAAUCUGCGGAAUGUGGACAACAUGAAUCUGAUUGGAAUGCUGGGCAGUGGCAAGUACGGAACGGUAAUGAAGGGUCUGCUGCACGAUCAGGAGGUGGCUGUGAAGAUCUACCCGGAGGAGCAUCAUCAGUACUAUGUGAACGAGAGGAACAUCUACGCCCUGCCGCUGAUGGAUUGUCCGGCGUUGCUGAGUUACUUUGGAUACGAUGAACGCUGCACCAUGGAUGGACGGAUGGAGUACCAGCUGGUGCUGUCGCUGGCGCCACUGGGGUGCCUUCAGGACUGGCUGAUAGCCAAUACACUGGACUUUUCGCAAUGCUGCGGCAUGCUGCGCUCCAUCACGCGUGGCAUCUCGCACCUGCACACGGAACUACGGCUGGGGGAUCAGCACAAGCCCUGCGUGGCCCAUCGCGACAUCAACACGAGGAACGUGCUCGUCCAGGCGGAUCUAUCGUGUUGCAUUGCGGACUUUGGCUUCGCGCUGAAGGUGUUUGGCUCCAAGUACGAGUACAAGGGCGAGGUGGCCAUGGCCGAGACCAAGAGCAUCAAUGAGGUGGGAACGCUGCGCUACAUGGCCCCAGAGCUGCUAGAGGGAGCCGUCAAUCUGCGCGACUGCGAGACGUCCCUCAAACAGAUGGAUGUCUAUGCCCUCGGCCUCGUUCUCUGGGAGGUGUCCACUCGCUGCGCUGACUUUUAUGCCGCCGGACAGAUGACGCCGCUCUACAAGGCCCCAUACGAGCAUGAGGUGGGCUCCCAUCCCAGUUUCGACCAGAUGCAGGCGCUGGUGGUGCGUCACAAGGCCCGACCGCUUUUUCCCGCCGGCUGGGGGGGUGGUGCAGCGGCCAAGGUGGUGCGGGACACGUGUGAGGAUUGCUGGGACCACGAUGCGGAUGCCAGGCUGACGUCCCUGUGCGCCGAAGAGCGGAUGCAGGAGAUGUCGGGACUAAAGCCACGCCUGCAGGCGCAGCCGGCCAGUCCGCUGCUGAACACCAACAACCUGGCAUCGCCCACAUCCCUGGAGCAGGUACAUCCGACUACGACAACGACGGCGGCUGCAGUGCAUCACCAGAUGAGCUCGGAUACGGCCGGACUGCUGCAGCCGCCGCCGAACCAGCAGCUGCCGACGGAGAAGAACCAUUUGAGCUACACGCAACAGCAGCUCCAGCCGUACCAGGGUAGGAAUCCCUGCCAGGAGCGAAAUCUGGCGCCAUUGCCGCUGCGAACGCCGCCGGUGCUCGUGGAACGAAGCAAGAAGCACAGCUUUCUGACGCAGCCCCAGGAGAACAGCCUGUCCUGCCUGGAGCACGAUGUGGGUGUGGAGGAGCUGCUGCCACCAAACGGCGGAGUCGUUCCCGCCCAUCACCAGCAUCAUCACCAGAAGAACACCAACGCGAAUUCCAGCCUAGGGCAGGGAUUCCCCAAGCAGCAGAACACGGACCACAAGCUACGCGGCUGGCAUGGAGUCCGUGCGCUCAUCCACAAGAAGCUCUUCCGCAAGGAGCACGCGGAGGAACUGUGCCGCCAACUGCAGCUGGGCGAGGAGAAGUCCAACUUGGUGGCGGCACUCAAAACGGGCAGCGGCAUGCGGCGACCCAACAAUCUCGAUCUGAGCCCCCGCCAACCGCUGGAUAACAAGCCACUGCCCGUGCAGCUGCGUAGUGCGGAGCAGCGGAGUGGCACUCCCGCCCAUAUAGUGCCCCGAUCUCUGUCCAGCAGCCUCAUCAAGCACAUCAACAGCAGCAGCACGAAUAACAAUUGCAUCUUAAGCCAUGGAAACGAACUGCAGACCCUCACACGACCCUCCACCAAACGGCGGCCGGGUCAUCUGCGCACGAACUCCCUGCUGGUGACGAGCCAGAGCCAUGGCCAGGGCCAUGGUCUGCCCACGGAGCAACAGAUGCGCCGCCAGCAUAGUUUGGAGGUGUUCCGUGAGGUCUUCAGCGGUCGAGGGAGCAGCGAGCGACUCAGGGAUCCCGCGGAGCGUGUGAAGACCCCUGGGGAUGUGCCGCCAUCGGUGCGAAAGGCCAGGGCCAGCAAGACGCUGAGUCUGUACGAUGAUCGGAUGAUGGACUCGUCGCUGCUGAACAUACUCUAGCAUGAGGAGGUUCUGCUGCUGGAAGUGUAGAGAACUCCACAGACUGGAGGGGCAGCAGAACACGGACGAAACGGAGGCCAGAAUCAUAUCUCAUCCUCUCAUCGAACACACACACACACAUAUUCAACGAUAGCCAUAGUCGCACGAUUCAACGCGAACCGCUUCCUGGAAAAAUGUCUUCUGAACAAACAGAUGAAACAUUUUUUUUGUUCACCAUAGCUAGAGGAGCAGUCGCCCUCCACCCGAGGACCUGUCUUCUAUAUAUCUAGAUGUAUUUUUUCACCAAUCAUCCUAGCGAGUAGUGCGGCAAACAACCAAAGUCCUUAUAGGUUAGAUCUGAUUAGUAAUGGUACUACGGAUAGUACACAGUAUACACUGUAUAGGAUGGAAUGGAGGCUAUAAAUGCUUCCCCCUCCACCAUCAAGGAUAAAUAUAUUUUUGACUUGAAAGUACGCGAAACAGGUAGUAGUUUGUAUAGGUUUUCACUGUCGAGACUGUACUUCCGGUACAGUGACGUGAGAGACAGAAGUAGAGGGGGCUUAGUCGGACGGACCACUUUUAUAGAGCCAUAUACACUUAACAAACCCAAAUGGAAUACGAGUUAACCCCGUAUAUCUAUAAUUAUAUUUAGUCAUCACAUAUACUAAACGCGUGUAUAUGCUGCGCUGUCCACCAGGUUUGUCUUACCAUGGUAAUUCCUAUAACAAAAGAAAUACUCGAAGAAAUUUAUAUAAUCAAACCAAAAAUAACCCAACACUGAGUGGCAGGGGCCCACAGCAAACAAAAAUAGUUUGUCGAGUAUUACGUUAUGCGGCAGCGGCCCUCGGUUGGCUCCCCAGCAUACUAUUUGGAUGAAUUUUUGUAGAAUGAAUUUCCCUAGUAAUUAGACCAAAACACCCGCAGCCUUUUCAAUUACAUAAGAUGCAAGAUCUAGUUAUAUGAUUUACACUAAUUAUUGUAUA